CAACAAUAAAUUAUUAUUUGAUGGCACAAAUUCCUUGAUAAGAAAAUAAAAUUCAGGUCUUGUCAACGUUACUAGUUUAAUUAUUUUAUAUAGGGACCUGAUAUGUUAAAUUUAAAUUGCUAGACGUGCAUAAAUGUAAUCCGGUAAACAAUUUUUUUUUAUUUCCAGUGCAAAAACGAUGUACUUUCCAAUAGGCUGGCCAAAAGUUUUGGCUUCGGCACACGCCGCUGAAACUCUUGUACAAGUGAUAUGCAAUCGAGACAAAAUUCUAUUCGCUGUACUCUCCAAUGAGCAAUUGGAAAUUUGGUUUUGCAAGGUAAGCUCUUUUACGUAUUAUUUCACUGAAUACCUAGUGUUUAUCUAUUAAAUAUUUAUCCUCUAUAAUCAUUCUAUACCCUUGUAUUGUUCAGAAAACUCACCAAAGUAUAAUAUUUGUAAACUAGGUACUUACCUAUCUUGUAUAUACUUAUUUUAAUUUGUUAACAUUGUGGUGUUGGUUAUGACUACUACUCUGAAUUGGGUAGGAUUUAAACAAAAGAUAUUAUUUAUUGUGUAAAACGUUUAAAUCUAAUGGAUUAUUAUUAUCAGAUCGCCAAGUCAUUUUAAUUUUUAAUGAUUGAUAGGUGUAAACGUACUAAAUGUAUUGUUCUGGUUUUUGAUGUCUACCGAUUAUCAAAAAAAUAAAUAACUCAAAUCCAGAUUUUUAUCAAUUCAAAAUGUAUUAUAGUUAUUAAAUUUGAAUUUAAACUGGUACCUACUAUUUACAAUUUGAAAAUUUUGUUUUCCAAACUUCAUUGUUAGUUGCUAUAGACUAUUUUAUUAUAUUAUUAUAGACUAUAUUAUUUAAAAGAACAUUAUUAAUCAGUAAUAAAAUUGUCCAUCAGAUUAUUUUAAAUAAUAUUCUUUGAAAAAUCAUUUAUCUACUUUAUUAGGUCAAUUGUCUUUGUAUAGUUACUGAAAGACUGUAACUAUUUAAACAAAUCUUAAUAGUUUUAAUAUUUGUGUACACUAUGUAAAUACACUAUGAAUAUUAAUAUUAAUACAUUAAAAAAUUGAUUUAAAAUAUAUACUUUAAGAUGUAUUCGUUAUUGUAUUAUGUUCUUACAAUUCCAUUAUUUUACUUGAAAUAUAAGAUGCAUUUUAUAUGUUACAUUGAGAGUAAAUUAUAUUAAUUUCAUUUAUUUGCAUCUUUUAAUGACAACAAAAUUGAACAUGUAUGCUUUAAUAUUAUUAUUGUUUCUAUUAUAUUUACCAUUAAGGAUUACCUAUAGAAUCACCUAAAAGAAUAAUUUGUAUUCAAUUUUUUUUUUAGCCCUGUGUAAAAAUCACUUCAUAUACAAGAUCUACACAAAGUCUUAAUGAAAUUGGUCUUAAUUGGCGUGUAGAAUGGCGACCAGAUUCCAGUAUGUUGGUUAUAGUGGUUAGUAUUUGUUUUUAUUAUUAUUAUUAUGACUUUGGUUGAUUAUCCCAUCUCGGAUUUAUGCGAAGACAACAGGUAAGAGGAGAGGGUAUCAUAGUGGAUGAUAUUUACAGAUAGUUUAACUUAAUGGUAAUCGACAAAAAAAUGACAAGGAAAAAAAUAAGUAAAAAACAUCAAACGUAUUUUACUUAAAAAUUACAAAUAUUAGUAGCUAAUUGUAGGCUGCUGACAAAAUAACUUCCAUUGUUUAGCUAUAUAUUUCAAAGGUGUCCCCUGGAUUUUUUUUUGGGGGGGGGGAAACUAAAUAUAUUUUUUUUAAAUAGUAAUAAUAUUUGAACAAACAUUAUGUGAAAAAGUGGGAAAAGAGAUAUACCAAAUUUUGUAUUAGUUACCUAUACUAUAAAGUAUACAAUAUUUAUGACUUACUAUUAUUAACUUUAAUUUAUUUUUUUUAUUUUUUUAACAUUUGUUAUUAUAUUUACAAUAAGUAUAUGAGUGUUUAGAUAUAUUAAAAUGACUCAAAGGAAUGAGAAGAGAAGCUAUUUAGCAGUAAUACUCAGACUUAAUUGACUUAAAACUAAUGUUUUUGUGAUUUUUAAGUAAAAUGCAUUUGGCGUUUUUACCAUGUUGUAAUUUUCAGUGCUGUUUUUUUCCUAGAUUCAGCUUUGAUAUGAGAAUAUGUAGAAUAAGUUUACAAUACACUUAAGGAAUGAAGAGUAGCACUACUCUACACUUUGGGAUUAGGGAAAAGUAGAAUUUGAGUGUGAGUUUGAAGGAACAGGACAAGACAGCUAACAAAAAUAAAUGGUUAUAGAUGAGGUUGAGAUUUUUAAAUACCAAGGAUCUUUUGUGAAAAGAAUGUUGGCUUUUAUGAAGAUGUAAAACAUACAAUUAGUUGGGAUAAAGGUUUUUUAUUUGUCAUUUAUUUUUUGUUGUACUAUCUGUGAAAUAUUUUUACAAUAAGUACAAGUGAUAAUAGUAGUUAAAAAUAAUUUUUAAAAAAAUAAGUAUUUAACGAGACAGUAGUCGUGAUUGAAGAAGCCAACCAGUGUUAAUACUUCGGGGGUUGGAAUAAAGAUGAAGGAGAAGAAGUUAUAACCAUUUUUUAUAGCCAGUAUUUGAUACUAGCUAAAUCUUAUUUGUAUUACAGACUUCUAAAGGUUAUUUAAUAUUUUACAAUUUGACUAUUAUUGGUGAUCCUGGAAGCUUAUAUCACUUGGAAGAUUCACAUAUUUCUAGUCUGAAAAGAGAAAACGAUGAACUAUUUGUAAAGGAGACUAUACCAUCUUUACAUAUUCAACAAGUAAUAUUGUAUUAUCAAACUAAUAAAAACUAAAAAAAAUAUAUUUAUUCACAUUUGUAUAGGAUCAAGUAGUUUGUGUAGAUGGGGGAGUUGGUUGUAUGGCUUGUAUUCGUGAUGAAUUAAUGGUUUCCACUUGUAAAGGACAUAUUUUGAGAUAUCAUUGGAAUAGUGCCAUUAAUCGAGAUUACUGUAUAGAUCUACGUAGAACACCAUUUUCUGUGGAUCUGCAUGUGUCUAAUGGUAAAUAAUUUUAUUUUUUUUUUCUCAUGUAAAUAUGAAUUUAAUGAUAAAUAUUGUUUUAUUUUAAUUAAAAAGCUGCACCAUUAACAACCAAAGAUACCUAUAUUAUUGAUAUGGAAUACUCACCAUUAGUUGGUGGAUUUGGAAUUAUUUUAAACAAUGGCCGUGCAGCAUUACUUACAGCUUCUUCUUUAAAAUUUGAUCCCAAUGUAAGAUUUAUUUAAAAACUUAAAAAAAUGUUUGAAUAUUUAAAAUUAAUGUUAAUAUGUUUCAAAUUUAAUUUAAAUAGCAAGUUCAGGGCAUUUGGGCCCCUCAAAUUGAGACUGCUACAUGUACUAGUUUGAAUCACAAGUACAGACUGAUUGCUUAUGGAUUAAAAAAGUUGGUUGCCUAUUGCAAAUUAUCUGAUUUAUAAUAAUUAAAAUUGUAUAUUUUAGUUCCCAGGGUGUAGUAUUUGGUCUUGAUGAGCGUACUGGAGGUUUACAGUUAUCUCACAAUCUUGUUAUACCAAGUCAAGUAUGGCCAGGUGGAGGAUUAGGUUCUGUAAGAUGCACUCGGUGGACUCCAGAUGGCUGUGCUUUAGUAAUGGCUUGGGAAAAUGGGGGUUUCGCUGUAUGGAGUACUUUUGGAGCUUUAUUGGUCUGUUCAUUGGCAUGGAACUUUAGUGUCAAUGUUGAUCUGAACUCUAGAAAUCCACUCAAUAUAAUUUCUAUGGAUUGGUGUAUUGAAGGCUAUCAACUGUGGAUGAUUAAUCGAGCUUCAAAAGUUACUCAUGAUGAUAGAGUAUUACAAAUGUCAUUUUUAAAAAGUGCUCUUGCGGUAAAUCCAACAAUGGUAAGCUUAAAAUUGUCAGGGUUCUUGGUUUAAAAACACAAUUAUUUAAUUUAUUUGUUUUUAAGACAUUUAAAAUAAUAAAAUAAAACAUUUGUUUAAAAAAAAUUGUUUGCACUCAAUAUACUAAAUUUGUUUAGUUUUUCAACAAUAUAAUUAUGAAACCCUAAUUUCUGAGAUUGAGCUCGUUUGUUCUAGUUUAUAAUACAAGUUAUUUAUACUAUUAUUUAAUACACUUUUGCUAAUCACUGUUUAAUUAUAAGUAACCUAACCUUACUGAUUAUUUCUAUAGUACAACUGAAAUUUGAGAUUUAUUUUAUAAAAUCUGCAUAGUUUAUACUUUAAUUUCAGAUAUUUUCAUGGAAUUUUGAAUACAUGUUUGUUAUGCACUUCAUUUAUAUAGUAAUUUAUUGUUUCAAACUCUUGUCCAGAAAUGUGUUUUUAAUUUCUAUAUUCUCCUCCCUUAAGAAAAAUGAACUCUAAAUACACUAAUGAUUUGUUUUAAAAAAACUGUAUUAUAAAGUAUUAAAAAUUUUAAUAUUUUAGAGCCACCGACCACAUUUGUAUCUUCAAGGUGAAGAUAAACUUUAUCUGAAUGUAACAUCUGGUCUAACUAAAGUAUACAAAAUGACUCAAUCAAAUAAUAAAACUAAAGAUCAAUUAACUGUUACCAGUGCUUUAGUUGAAAAUAAACAAUGGAUCAUUGUUUAUGCACCUUCUCCAUAUUUAGGAACUAAUUGGCCAAUUAGAGUAAGUUUAAAAUAUAUAAUCAGUUAAUCAUAAUAAUUUAUACUUAAUUUUUUCUCUACAUUUAAUAUAAAUUUUGUCCGCUAUGUUUAGACAUCUUGUAUAGAUGAUGAUGGAAAACACAUAGCAAUAGCUGGACGUUCUGGUCUUGCACAUUAUUCAUUAAUUACACAUCGUUGGAAACUAUUCGGCAAUGAAAUACAAGAAAAGGAUAUGAUAGUAACUGGUGGAGUUUUAUGGUGGCGAUGCUAUAUUGUCUGUGGAUGUUACAGCGUACCUGAAGAUGAACAUCAAGUGCGAAUUUAUAAUGGAGAUUCUAGAUUAUCUAAUGAUAAUAUGAUUGCAUACCAAUUGACUGGACAAGCUCUAUUACUUGAUUGUUUGGGUAAUCGAUUAGCGGUGUUUUGCUCUGAUGGUAUUGUUAAUUUAUUUAACAUUGAACUAUCUCCUAAUCAUAAUAUGGGUAAAUAAUUUUAAAUAUUUUAUGACAUUUUUAACUUUUAAUUUAUGGUGUAAGAAUACUUAUAGAAUUGACUUUAUAUUUUAGCAAUAUUAGAAAGAGUGCAAACUAUUGAUAUGUCUGCUUUAUGUUUACAUCCAACUUGUGUUGUUUCUGUUGUACUUACAACUCUUCGUAUUGAACCAAAAAUUAAAGGAUCUACUGUUAGAGAUAAUUUUCUACUUAAUAUAAAUGGAAAUUUAUUGUUAGUAAAUCAGCAAAGUUGUGAUGAUCAGGUAAAUGUAUUCAUAUGUUAUAUUCUAAAAUUGAAUGCUUAUAAACUUUAAUAAUUUUGUAUUAUACAUUUAUUUUAAAGUUUGAAAAAAUGUAACUAUUUUUUGUUUUUAUUACAUUGUUACAAUAUAUUAUGGUAUUUUUCUUCUCAAACAAAAAUAUAACUACUCAAAUUAAAUAAUAUGAUCUAGUAACUGUAUUCUAUACUCUGAUCCACAAGAGAAUGCAACUGGGCAGGGACCAAAACUUCUUCAUUUUUGAGCUUUUUCUGUGGUAUUCACACAUUGGUGGCCAUGUGGUGGUAGAAUUUGAUCAUGACAUGACGGAACUUGUUUAUUUAAGUCUUUUUAUCUCAUGGGCUAAAAUUUCAUCUUAAGAUUAUAUUUUUUAGGUCAAAUUUUACAUUAUGUAAGUAUUUCAAACUUAAUUGUUAGUGUAUAGUGUGAAUACUUAUAUUCUAUCAACUAUAAAGGAAAUCCAUAUUCAUAUUAUUACUUAUUAAAUUAAAAAUGUGUGUACAUAUUAUAAUUCAUCUUUUAUUUUUCAUAAAUAAAACAAAGUAACAAAAAAAAGAGCUGAUACUGGGGACAGGUGUGGCCACUGUUGUAAUUGGGUAGGUGGGAUACAUAAAGUUAUUAAAUCUAUACCUGUAACCAAUGAUAAACCAUUGCUAUUGAAAAAUGAUUCGGGAUAAAGUUCAGUUAUAGGUGUGAUAAUAUUUAAAAAUUUGAUAUUAAAAAUCUUAUAAAAAAAAAAUUAUAUUGCACUCAAUUUUUUUUUAUUGAACCUCUUGUUUAAUUGUCAAGCAUUUCUGUUUAGUCUUACAAUUUUAUCCUUAAAAGUACCUACCAAAUAAAAAUUACGUAAAAAACUCAAAAUUAUAAUGUCUAUAGAUUUAAAAAAAAAUGGCUCAAAUGUUUUUAAAUUUCACCACAUGAAUAAAGUCAUAUAACAUUAGAAUUGAAAUAUAUAUUUGUUAUUUAAAAAUAAAUUUUACAUUAUAAUUUUUGAUUUUCUAUUAAUAAAUUAAUCAUAUUUUUAUUCAUAUUUUAGUCUCAAGUUAUUCCAUCUCCAAUUCUAUUGGCAUCUUGUGUAGAGAAUGCUUGGGUUUCAAGUCAAUACCGUCGUGAUAAGCCUCAUUUAACUGAAGCUCUUUGGCUGUUUUGUGGUGCACAUGGGAUGAGAGUUUGGCUUCCAUUAUUUCCAAAAAAUGGGGAUAAAUCACAUACUUUUAUGUCCAAAAGGAUUAUGUUGCCAUUUCAACUUAAAAUAUACCCAUUAGGUAUGAUAAAGAUAGAAUUAGAGUUUUUGUAUUAUUGAUUAUCAAUGCAAAUAUCUAUCAAGUAUAAAAUAAAGUUGUUCAAUUAUUUUUACUGAUUAAAGUUAUUUGAAAUUAAUAUUUUCUUACUGUGUCUGAAAUAUGUAGAGCAAAGCAAUUAAGACCAAUUUUCUACCAUAAUCAAAUCAAUGUAGUGAAGUAUUAAGCUUCAGAAAACAGAUUUGAAUUUAGCAUGAAGUUUUAAUGAGAUUUUUUCAAUUUAAUUUUAGUUUGUUUUUUUUUUUAAAUAAUAUUUCAAAUCAAAUUUUUAAUUUUUGAAAAAAGACUGCAAAUUAUUAAGUAGCCUGAACGAUAUUGUGUAUCUUUCAAGCUAAAUUCAAAUAUAUUUUGAGAAUUCUUAUAACUUCAUUAUUUUGAUCAGACUGACACAAAAUUGAUCUAAGCUAGGAUUGGACAUUUUUAAAAUUAUAUCAAUAUUUCAAUUUGUGGAUGUAGAUACUUGGAAUUUAUUAUAUUGUUUUAUUGAUACACAAUGCACUGAUAUUGGCAUACAAGAAAUUGUAUUGAAAUUUUAUUUCAAACGUGUACCAUAAAAAAUACUAUCAUUUUGAUUUCAAACAUACUAUGAUAAGUUAAUGUUAUUUUUUUUUUUUUUACUGUGUUUAAAUAUUAUAUUUAAAACCAUCAAUACAAAAUUGAACAUAUAAAUUCAAUUUGAUAUUUGCCAUAAACAUCAUCAAUAUUAUUAAAGAUAAACAUAUAUCAAUAUAUUGAAUGAGUUAAAUUGAUAUAUAUGAACUCUAAAUUGCUAUGUUAGACAAAGUAAGAAAAUAUGAUAUUUGAAUCCCCUUAAUUACAAUGUAGUUAUAAAAAUAAACUUUUAUAUUAAUAUAUCAAUGGCUUAUGGCGUCUUUUGUUUAGUUAAGACAUUUUAUUACUGAUAUUUUUCGUACUAAAUAUAUUUACAUAUGAUUAAUUGCAUUUUCUUAAAAUUAAAUAUACUCUCUCCCUUUUACAAACUUGCUAUUAAAUUGAAUGUUCUUUUGAAAUUGAAUAAUAAUAAUUUACCUAAUAAUAUAAAUGUAUAUUCUACCAUUUCAGCUAUACUUUUUGAAGAUGCUAUAUUAUUAGGUGCAGAGAAUGACACUUUGCUUUACACAUCAGAUACUUCUACUGUAUUUUCUUUGCCAUUUUGUCAAGUUGAAAGAACGGUAUAUUUUAUUAUUAUUUAUAUACAUUAACAAUAAAUUAUUACAUUUUCUUUUUCAUUCUUGUAGUUAAUUAGGGUGAACCAACCCAGUCCUUGACUAUCACUUAACAAACUAAUUGUCUUAAUUACAUCUAUAAAUCUUUUAUCUUUAACAUCCAUGUCCCUCACUGGCUUAACUAGCUCAUAUAAAUGUUACAUUGUAUUCUGCUUUCGAGUUUCGUUUAAAUAUAUACUCGUUUCUUAUAUUAUAUAUGCUUGUCAAUCCAAAAUAUUUUUGUUUCCAUUGCCCAACUUUCUGAAUCGUACAACAUGGCAGACCAAUAUUAUAAUAUAUUGGUAUCAUAUUAUUAUAAUAAUCCUUGUACUGCAUCCGUCUAUAUGAUGGUUCUUAUUAUAGGUGACAAAAGUUGAAUAAUUUUGAUCGAGCAAUCCCAGCCCCCUAUUUUUUUUUAUCAAUAAUUAAUUUUGAUGAAAUUUGGUGAUGAUAGCUCAACUCUAUACAUAUUGAAAAAUGUCCAUAGUUAUUGUAGUUAAACCAAUUUUCAAAUUGAAUUCAUAAACCUAUAAUAAUUACAUAAAAAUGUAUCAGACCUUAAAUAUAAAACAUAAAAUCAUCUAUAAAAAAAAAAGAGCUGUACUGCUAAUGGGUAUUUUACUGUUCUAGGUGGGAAGUUUGGAAGGUAGGAUACAUAGUUAUUUAAUUUAUAUAAUAUGUAUGCAAUGAUAAUUCAUUGCUAACGAAAUACGGUUCUGAGCGAAGUUUAGUUAAGCUUGUUUCAAAAUGCUAUUGUCUUGAUUCUAAAAAAUAUGGUUUAAAUUUUUUGUUUUUUAUGUAAUAUACAAAAGGUUAAUUCAACUUUAUUUGAUUUCAUUAUUUAAGUAUUAUUCAUUCUGAAAGUAUUUUUUCUAAGUAUUGCAUAAAUCCUACAAUAAAAAGUAAACAAUUUAUUCAAUGGAUAUUUUACUAAUAACUUAUUGUUAGUAAAUUACAUUUUGAAGAAACAUUGUAAAAAAAAUUCAUAUUUUCAACUAUCUGUUAAAUAUGUUCAAAUUAUCUUGUAAAAGUCAUUUUUCCAAAUAAUUGUAUAGUUAAGUAUUUUAUCAAUUCCUUUAGAAAAUUAAAAAUGUAUGAAAAACUUUGGUAGAUUUUAUGCAGAUCAUUUUUUAUAGUAAUAAACAAUAUGAAGGGGAAAGAUGCUCGAUUAAAAAUUAAAAAGUUGAAAAAUAAGGUUUACCUUAAUGUAUAUCUAUCAGACCUACAUUAUAUAUUAUUAAUUUAUAUUUUAGAGUCAAGUUUAUUUACAUCAAAUUUUAAGACAGUUGAUACGCCGAAAUUUAGGUUUUCAUGCUUGGGAAGUUGCAAGAUGUUGUACAAAUUUACCAUACUUUUCCCAUUCAUUAGAGUUAUUAUUACAUGAAGUAUGUUUUAUUUGAUAAUUUAUUCAUAAAAUCUAAUGUUUACAAUAUGAUGAAAAAAUGUAAUUAAUUUUAUCUUUAGGUUUUGGAAGAAGAAGCCACCAGCAAGGAACCUAUACCAGAUGCUCAGUUACCUAGUGUUAUAGAAUUUAUCCAAGAAUUUCCCAAUCUUUAUUUAGAAACUGUUGUUCAGUGUGCUCGUAAAACUGAAAUUGCUUUGUGGCCAUAUUUAUUUUCUGCUGCUGGAAAACCUAAAGAUCUUUUUCAAGAAUGUCUAAAAAGACAAAAUUUAACCACUGCUGCUUCAUAUCUUAUAAUACUUCAGGUUAUUAUGAUUAUUUGUUUUACAAUUAUAUUUCUAUUAUAUAAAAAAAAAAAUUUAUAUUUAUAUAAUUCAUACUCUAUAUAUUAUUUAUCUAUUAUCUAUUAUAUUACUAAAACGUGCGGCAAUAUCUUGGGACAGUUAUAUCUGAAAUUCUACCCUACAGAUUUUUGUGAUUUUUUUAAACACAAGUGUUCAGUGGGUUAAGUUAGGCUAUAGAUGAGUCAUCUGAUGAGAAAAGUUAAAAUAAAUUAGUUAAAUAGUUAUUAGUUAUUAAAAUAAUGACAAAACUGGACUUUAUACAUUUGCUAACUGGCAUAGAAGUAUAUAUUAUAUAAUAAUCUAACGUUUUGUUACCAUAGUAAUCUCUAUAACCAUGAAAUAUGGGGAUUGGAGUACAAAGCGAGCAGGAGCGAACACUCUAGUUAUUUAUAUUAUAUGUAAAAUAAAAUACUAUUUAUAUAACAAGAAUUAUAUCUAUUUUUAUUUGCAUUUAAAUAGUUUUAAAUAAUUAAAAGGACAUGAUACCCGCAUGUACUAUCUUUGUUGUAUAAAAGUAUGACAGCAAAUUUGCAUGAACAGCUUUGUGUCGUUGGUUUUUAUGUUAAAGUGAAUUGAUUAACUAUCUACCUUAACUAUAAGAACAUUAUCUACACAUUAUUGUACCCUUUUUGUGAUAUUUAAAUUUUUAAUAGAGAUAUGAGUAUGUGAAAUAUCACAAUUGAAUAAUAUAAGUAAUGAUAACAUUUUAUAUAUUAAUUUCAUUAUUUUAAAACAUGACAAAAAUUUAAAAAAACAAUGAUGACACAUAUUUUGUUACACUAACAUUUAAUAGAUUCGUUAUAGUUUUCCUAAUUUUGAAAAAUUAAAACAAAAAUUACCUUUUAAUGAUCAUUUUAAUAUCACAAGACUUUUCCACUAAUUUACUGUCCUAUAUCCAUUAAAGGUAUAGUGGGAAAUUGACCCACUACAUCUUGAUUAAUUUUUAUUUUAAAAUCAUUUGAAUUCUUUGAUUUCUUGUCUGAUUGUUGUUAAGUUAAUUUAGUUAAAGUAUUUGAUGUGUUUACCUUUUAUUCUUUAAAUUAACUUGUAUUAAAAAAUGUUGAACAAAAAAAAAAAACAAAUUGAAAUUAUUUUCCCUACAAAACAUAAAAAGAAGUUUACAAAAUUAAAUCAUUUUUCAAAACAUAGACUUGGCUAUUAGAAGUUUGUAUAUUUUACUCUAGCUUAUUUAUCUUAAUUUAUGAAAAAAUUAAUCAUUUUCAAUCGUCUGAACAAAUACUAUAAUAUUUUUAUUUUUAUUUUUUAUUUUUUGUAAAUAUAUAAUUAUGUUUAAGAUUAUUUAAAAAUAUAAUUUUAUUUAUCUAUAGUAAUUAAUGAUAAAAUAACAAUAAAAAAUCAAUAAAUUCAUAGUUUAAAUCAAUAAUUUAAAAAAUAUUUUCAGAAUUUAGAAUCAUCAUCAGUCAGUUGUAAAUAUGCUACUUUAUUAUUAGAUUCGGCCUUAGAUAGUUGUCAAUGGGAUUUAUCCAAAGACCUUGUCAGAUUUUUGAAAGCAAUUGGUAAGAAAAUACUAAACUAUUUUUCACUUAACAUAAAAUAUUUUUAACUUUAAAUUCUAUUAUGCUUUAGAUCCAAAUGAUGCAGAUUCUCCAAGAACAUCAUGUAUAUUUCCUGCUAAAUACAGUAUGAUUGGACAAGGAACAACAGUGAACCCAAAUGAAGAAGAUUUAUCAUUUUUGAUGGGAAAUAUCCAGGUAUUUAGUAUAACAAAUUAAUAAAUGUAUUUAAUAAUUAGUUAGUUAAUAAAUAAUAAAGACCGAAUUUAAUUGAUGUUCCAACUGUUUUAUGAACCAUAAAUUAAAAUAAAUCCUUUUUAAUUUUAUAUAGCAAUUAUUUACAAUUGUAUAUACAAAAUGUGCUCAAUGGAUAAUUUUAAAAUAUAAAAAUAAUAAUUUAAUCUAAUAGGUUUUAUCGGAUGACACAGUGGAAGUGACAAGAGAAGAUAACAUGAGAAACGCAUAUAUAAGAGAUACGUUUCAAUAGUAGACAAAAUUAAAUUGGUUAUUUCUAAAUUCUAACCCUUAGAGAUACCCACAACUCACAGACCUUUUCUGUUCCACUUUGCCCUACUAAUUAUUUAAAAACAAGGCAAUUAACCUUAUGAUGAAGUUUGCCAAUAAAGAUCUGUUAUUUCUUCCAUAAAAUUAUGUUACCAUAUUAUCUUAUUUAACAUUUGUAAUAUGUACCGUAUAUUGUCAACUUCACACCAUAAUUGUAACUUGGGUAUUAUCUUUAGUAAAUAAAUAAAUGCAAUGAGAGAAAAUAAACUGAGAUGGUUUGUCAUAGAAUGAGAGAAAUCUGAAGCAAUAAGAAUUGUAAUAUAAAAGUGGUAAGAAGAAUAUAGUCUCUUUGGUUUGUAAUCUACAGAUGAUAAUUGUAAAAUAUAAUUUUUCUGAUAUUCCUUGCAAUUUUAAAUUUGUUUUUAAAUUCGGUUUAAGUUUUGCAAAGAUUUUUUUUUUAAUCUGUGAACAACUUUUCUACCAAAUAUCUCGCUCCGAUUUUCAAGUAUAGUACGUUUUCUGAAAGAAAAUUUUAUCUGGGUAGUACUUUAGGAAAAUUAUUUUUUCAUUUUCCACGUGGUUUUCAUAAUAAUUAGGAAAAAUGGGAAAAUGUACGUACAAAGCAAUUUCACUCCGUAUCAUUUUUUGUUAGCAAUGGUUUAUUGUUGCGUACAGAUAUACAUUAAAUUCCAUUCUAUAUGUUACCUUCCCAAGUUCUCACCUACAACAAAUAUGCAACCACCAAUUAUGUGAAUUAUGUUUAAACAAUUUGGUGAGUUAGUAUUGUUUCUUUUUCAUUGACAGAUUGCAAUUAAAUCCAAUCUUUAUAUUUAUAGUUAGUACCUCUAAAACAACUAAAAUACAUUUUUUGUUGAAAUUUUCAAACAUUAAGUUAUUAGUUUUAUUAAUUCUUCUUCUUAUAAUCUAUAAGUCUUUUAGAACAGUAUUUCUCUACAUAUUUCUGUCCUUUGCUGCUAUUGUACUCCAGAUUUCACUGCUUCUACAUUUUUCUAACGACCCAAUCCUUCCAUUUUAAGUGAGGUCUUCAAACUAAUUGUUUUCGAUUACAGUCCUUAUUAUUGGUCCCUGAUUUGCAAAGAAUGGGUAUGUAAGAAUGAAAUGGCAGACCAUUUUAUUCUUCUAAUUGUUGAUUGGUGUUGGCAAUUAUCUUGGAGUUCUUGAUUGUUUUAUCCUUCAUUCCAUUGUUCAAGCGUUCUUUCAUGUUUCAAAAUUUCUUCUUAGAAAGCAAUUUUAUUAAUUAAAUAUUAUUGUUUAUAGGUAAGAGGGCGAAGUAUUAGUACUGGUACUACACCAAAAAUAGAUAUGAAUUCAACUUUUGCUAGAACUGAGCAUAAUAGUUCACAAAGAAAAAGAUCUGUACUUUCAAAUGGAAAAUCUGAAAAUGGGUUGGUUUUAUAUUUAUUAAUUUUCAAAAUAAAUUAGAAUUAUUAAUACAAAAUUGAUCUUAUGAUUUUGUAAAUAAUUACAGUUAAUAUGUGUUAAAUGUCUUUCAGAAAAGAAAUGGCAUCCUGCAAUUCCAUUAUGGAAGAAUUUUUUACUGAUACAAUUCUUCAAAAACAUGCUACUAAAUUAUUAUUCAAUUAUAAAUUAAGAACACUUGGAUAUUUUGCUGCUCGUUUAGACUUUCAUUUAGUUGAAUGGUUAAUAAAAGAACGUAAUGGAGCAGCUCGAAUUGAUAACUAUAUUGUAGCCCUACGAAGUCUUUAUACUGAUUUUUCUAUAACAAGAUCACUAACUCCUGUUCAAAAACGUUCUCUACCUCCAUCAGGUGAAAUAUUUAAUAUAGAUAAACCCAAGUGGGUAGAUGGAGGUAGUGCAGUAGGAGACAGUGGUUACAUGAGUUGUCAAGAUAUUCCUCAAAUAUCAUCACAAUAUCCACAAGAUGGGUUUUUAACAGGAAUUGGUUAGUAUACAAUUAUUAAUUAAUAAAUGUAUUGGAGCAUUUUUUAUUAACUUGAUUAUUUUAUAUUAAGAUGAAGCUAGCACUGUUAGUGAAUCUGAAGAUGCUUUGUUAUGGAACGAAGAAAGAGCGCAAACUAAUGUUGAUAACUGGAAUAUUAUUCCUAAUGCACAUAUGUUAGAACAACUUUCUAAUGAACACUUAUCACAAGAUACUUCCAAAGCUGAAGUUCAACUUAGGUUAAUACUUCAUUAGUUCUCAUUAAUCUGUUUAUUGUGUAACUAUUUAUCUAGCUAUUGUUUAUAUUACAGAUAUUUGUUGCAAUUGUUAAUUGAAGCUGGGUGUUUGGAAUGGAGCUUUAUUGUAUCAGUAUUUCUUCGUGAUGCCUUAGCUGUCCAACGACUCAUAUCUACUGCUCGCUCUCCAGAACACAGUUUUGAGUCUGUUUCAAGAUUAAAACAAGCGUUCAUUAUAUUGUAUCAGUGGAGUUGCAAUGAAUGGUAAAUGUUAUACUUAUAAGCUAGCUACUCUAACCGACCAGAGGAUGCUUGCCAAUCUUAGUUUUCUCAGUAAACUUAAUAGUGUUAUAGAUUUGCCUGAGUUAUUAGCUUAAGAGAACUUUAAGGUUCCUAGUAGACUUAUGUUCUAUGCUUAUUCUAUUUUUUUUUUUAUGUUCCUCAUAAUCACACUGUCUGUCCAUUUCAUAGAUAAAAACAGCAUGCAUGAUAUUUUAAUUUAUUAUUAUUAUUUCAUUAUAUGCAAUUUAUAAUUUCACCUUUGCACCUUUCAUAUGAACUAAUAAAAUUAUCAUAAAUUAUUUUAUUAAUUAAAUAUAUAUAUAUAUAUAUAUAUGUUGUUAUUGGUGUUAGUUUAAUUUAGUCUAAUUUUAGAGUAAUAAAAUACAUUUUUGAAUAUUAUAAACUAUUGCAAUUUCACUAGAUUGCCUUUUGUUCCAAACUGUACUUAUAUACCAUAUUAUGGGUAAAAAUAAUUAAAACAAAUUCUUGAAAUUAUAUUAAUAUAUAAAUGAAUAUUAUAUCUCAAGUACCCAAUUUUAAAUAGUUAAAAUACUUAAAGAUUCGAAGAUUAGAAGGAUAAUAUUUAUUGAGAUAUAUCCUAUUAUUUGAAUAUUUUGAAUAUUUUUUUAUUUCAGGAAAUGUAUUAUGUAUUAUGACAUUUGAUAAACAACUAAUGAAAAUCAGAAUUAAAAUUAAAAUACUUACAUUCCUUUAAAUCAAAAUUUUUUUUUAUUAGUUAAAUUGUUUGGGGCAUUAAAUCAAAAUUGUUUAGAGUUAUUUUUCUUAAAUAUCAUUAUUGUACUUAAUCAUUAAUUAUUUAUCUAUAAAAUAUGUCCCUAAAGUAUUAUUUUUAAUAUAUUUGCCGCCAAACAAAUAAUUACAUUUUAAAUUAGUCGUUCUUUUGUAUGUUUUUAGUUUUGGCUAUCGACCUUUCAUGACUACAUGUCAAUCACAAUUGGGUGUAUUAAAUAGAAUUAUAACAUCUAAACAACCUGCUCCAACAGUUACACCCCAAGCGUCUUCAUCUUCAUUAUCUAGUGCUCUUACACAAUCAUCUAGAUCACGAUCAAUAAGUGAAGGCACUGGAGGAAGUCAUUCUACCUCAGAAAUGGUUGAUCAUAUACAAACAGAUAAUCAUCCUGCUAUAUCUUUGGAUUCUAGUUGUGAUGAAACGCAAGAUAUAACAUCUAAUUUUGAUACUUCUUCUGUAGUUAGCUUACAAUCACCAAAUAGCUGUUCGUUAUCUUAAGGUAAGGUUAUGCCCAAAUAUUUAAUGAAACAGUUUAAGUUGUAAGUUCAUACAAUGUCCAGUUAACACUAACUAGUGGUUAAAUUUGCUGCGAACCAGCAAUAUUCUAUUGGUUAACUCACAGUUAGUGUUAAUCAACAUUUUAUAGUACAUUGUAAAACCAAGCUAAAUGAUUUAUAUAUUUUUUUGCAUCUCUGUUAUAAACUUAAAAUUUAUUUUUGAAUACUUAUUUAAUGAAAUUAAAUGUAUUUUAUGAAAUGAUUAUUAUUAUUACUGUAGGCUGGCAAUUAGUACAUUAAUAAAUCCAAUUUUUGUGUUUAUAAUAUGUGUCAUGUUUCGAUAAUAAAUUAUAAAUAUCCAUUUUAUUUCCAAAUUUAAAACUUUGGAAUAUUGACUGAUUUUAAUAUUUAAAAUUAAAAUAAAACAAUCAUUAGAGUAAGUGCUUAUAUUUGAUGAAGCCUCAACUUUGUAACAUUACUUUGUUUUAUUUUGUCAUGUUCAACUUUGUAACAUUACUUUGUUUUAUUUUGUCAUAUUCUUAUUUUAAUACAGUUGUGAUAUUUUAGGUACUGUUAUUUAUUAUAUAAUUUUUGUCCAUUAUUGUUAAAAAUCUAAAAUAAAUAUCAAAUGUACAUACAAAGUGAUCAAUCUAUCGUAAGACACUCAUUAUCUCGAAAAGUAUUAACUUUUUCAGGAAUUUGUUUUCCUGAAUAUUUAAGAAACAAGCUGUUCUAUAAUUUUAUAUUUGUUAUUUUUUGUUACCCUUGUGUUUAAGGGUAAAACUACUACCUACUUUUGAUUUUCAAAUGGCGACCUAUAUUAAAAAUUAUAUAAAUAAAUAAUGUAAUAAUUAAAAUAAAUCUUAGUGUUGAAAUUUUUGAUUUCCGUCAAUCCAUUAACAAAAUAUUUCACUUUUAAGUUUGGGUUGAUGAAGAGUAGUGAAGGAUCAUUUGUGUGGCCGUAUGGCACGCAGCGUAUUAUGUGUUUAUAAUGCACCACCACUCUCCCCCGACCAAAACUUUAAAGUUAAAUAUCCUGUCAAUGCAUUAACAGAAAUCAAAAAUGUCAGCACUAAAAUUUAUUUUAAAUAAUACUCCAUCUAUUCAUGGGAUUUUUAGUAUAGGUUGGCAUUUGAAAAUCAAAAGUAAGUUGUGGAUAAAUAUAAAAUUAUGGAGCAGUUAGUUUUUUAAAUGUUAAUAUUCAGAAAAAUUUAAUAUUUUCCAAAAUGAGUGUCUUAUGAUAGAUUGAUCACCCUGUAUAUUAUAUAUUAUUUUUAUUAAGUUAUUUUUGUUUUGAAUACAUUUUUUAGACAAAUAUUAAUAUUCUCAAUGUAGUUGUAUAUUUUAAUUUCUUACAUUAUUCAAAUGUUGACAAUAACAUUGAAAGAGUCUUUUCUUAAAUAUUUAUAAAUUUAAAUUAAAGUACAUUUAGAUUAUUAAUAACAAAUUAUAAAUUAGUACAAUUGUAAACUAUAAUCGAAGGAAAUAUAAUUUGAAAAUUAAUAUUUUUGAAUAAUGUAUUUAAAAUGAAAAUAUAUUGUUUACUAUUAAUUUAGGUGAAUAAUAAUAGAGUGUUAUUUAUAAAAUUGAAUUAUUUUAAAAUACCAACGUAAAAACAUAUAUAUUAGAAUACCUUGUUUAAUUUUAUGUAUCAUGUUAAAAAUCAUUAUUCUUUGUAUGUAUUAUAGCUCCAUGUGCCACAGUAAAAAUAGGUACAAUUAUUAUGACAUAGUAUAUUAUUAUGUUGUGUAUAAGAUUUAAAUUAACUAAUAUUUAGUCGCAUUGUUUAUAAAAUAUAAUUUUGCAAUUUAUAAAUUACUUGUUAAUUUAAUGGACAGUUUUAUAUAGCUAUUGUACUGUAAAAAAUUAAACAUGUAUAAUUAAUGAAUUACUUAUAUUUAAAUGUAAGGAAGAUUAUUAUUAUUUAUAUAUUUUAAUGUAUGGAACUUAAGAUAAUAUGCCUCUUGUACAGUGUAUGCAAUUAGAUUGAUUGAAAGCUCAUGUAGGCUGUGUUAAUGGUAAAUUUGCUUCUUAAUUUUUUUACUUUAGUUAUUUUAUAUUUUAGUAAAUUGAUAAUCAAAUAUUUGUAUGUGUCAUACAAGGUGCUCAAUAUAUUUUAGGGUUCUCACAUCUAUAAUAAUUAUUUUUUGUCGUUUUUUUUUUAUAUUAAAUAAAAAUAUUAUUUUGUUUACAACUGUAUAUUAUAUAAAAAAAAAUUUUCAAAACAUCGCUAUUCGAUUAAAAAAUAAUAGAUAUCUAAUUGUUACUUAUUAUGUAGUUUUAAAUGAUUUAUUUAUUUCAACCAGGUUUUUUCAUUGCAACCCAAUUGUUAUAAGUAUAUUAUUAUUUAUUUAUGAUUUGAUGUUUUUUUUUCAUAUUGAUAUGUUUAUUUAAUAUACCUACCUAGAAAACAUUUCAAUAAUUAAAGAAGAAUGGACAUAAUUACAUUAUUAAUUUGUUAUUAAUUUAUAUUUUGUAUUAUCUACCAGUUCUAUAAAUAAUAUAGGUGUUUAGCAUAGGUGCCCAUAGAAAGGACAAGACAGAGGGGAAGAGGUGUUUGUCAUCCCCCUGAAAAUAAUAUAAACCAGUAAUUUUAAUAAAUUAUAAUUUAUAAUUCAUGUAGCAUCCAUUUUUUUAUUCUCUCCAUCCCCUCUGUGCAAUUUCACUUUUGAAUGCCCAUUUAAGUUAUAGUGCUACCUAACCUACCCUAGCUCAUGCUUUGUUAUAUGGUUUAUUUUAAUAAUGUCCAAGAAACUAUAUUUUAUUCUGCAGUGAUUUAAAAUAGUAUAAUGAAAAAAAUGAACAUUCAUUCAACUUUGCAUGAUGGGUGGGCCACUGUUGUAG